GCCGUCAUGUCGUUGGGGGAGCACCAGAAGGAGAUGCUCGCCCUCGCGCGGCAGCAGAACGUCCUCGUCAGCGGUAAGAGCGGGAUCGGCAAGACCUUUGCGGCCGCUUUCCUCAUCCGGGAAACCCUGCUCAAUGACGCCGAGGGGAAGGCGCUUGUCCUCGUGUCCGGUGCCGCCAAAACGACCGAAGUGUUCAACUUAGUCACGCGUCUGUGCUCGGCAAAGGUCGUCGUCGCGUCAGAGAGCUCAGAGCACCUAUGGCGAGAUGCAUCAUACUCGAAGCGCGAGUGUGCACAUGCUAGAGUGCUGUGUGUGUCCCCCGCGAUUGCGUCCAACCUGUUUCAUCUGGGGCAUCUUUCAUACGCGAAUGUGGCGCUGAUUGUCGUGGAAGAUACCGAAGAAAUGUUCACGACGGCGGCGACGUUCACUGCGACCCUGGCAUCCAAAUACACCAAACAGCCGCGGCAUACUCGUCCGAAACUGUUUGCGAUGGUGUCCAAGACGCUGUCAGAGCUCGAUUUACCCACAAGCAGCAAUCCAUUGUACCCGCUCGUGUCGGCGUUUUGCAUCACCCAGCCGACAUUUCGAAAGCGUGCAACAAUCGCCCCGAUCAUUGUCGAAACCUUCCAGUACGAGGCGACCAACUACACGGGGACUGUGGGCCACCCCGUGGAGUUUCUCCGUGGCGCGAAUGCCUUGCACUGCAACGCCGAGGCAUUGCUUGCGAGCUUAUUGGCGCUCGGCAGCAACGGGAGCACCAACUCGCAGUACGACGUGAUGAUUGAAAGCCGGUGCAAGCAAUUUGCCGACGCCGCUGAAACCGUGUUGGAGCAGCUGGGGCUAUGGUGUUUUCUCAAAUACAUCGAACUGGAACUUCGCCACGAACUCGACGAAGCGCUGCUCUCCCAAAACGAUCGACGCCUGGACGCGCACUCCAUCAACCUCUUGACCACAUCGGACGAAGCCCCAUCAGUCAUAUCCGCCGCGUCGGACAUGUCAGACCAUGCCGACGUCAAGUCGACGCGGUCGUUCUUGGAUUGGAUCGUAACGCAGCAGCAGACGGAGCACGGGGGACUGCAAGCCACGCACUCGCGGCUCAAGAAAGCGGCAGAUUUGGUCGGAGCGUACAUGGAGAACGCAGCAAGCCACGGCGGACGCUGCUGGAUCUUCAUGCAACGGCGCGCACAUACCCGCGUCGUGGCCGAGUACAUGACGGCAUGCUUCCCAUCGUACCCGCCAUGCUGUAGCCUGCAAGGUGGUAGUCAAGCGAGUAUUGCAGGGGAAGCAGCAACCAACGGCGCUUUGAAAGCCGUCGACGUGGAAGGGCGGUUCAACGACGGCCGCAAUCCAGUGCUCGUGUCCACGGCCUUGUCGACUGAAGUGGACCAGAUCGCGCUGUGCGGGCUGGUGAUUUCGAUGGACGAAGUGGUGGAUCCCCACAAACUGCUCGACUUUCGCCAACGCGCACAUCCAGACCAUGGAGUGUUCAAGUACAUUAUCGCAGAUACGCCGUUGGAUUUCGAAAAGUACCGCGCGUUGUUUACCAAGAUGGCGACGUUGCUAAGUCUGGACAAUGGAAAUGGCGGCAACGAUCAGGAAACACUAGACCAGGCUGUGAUGCCACGUCUCAAGCAACGAUAUGGCAGCCACCACCACCACCACGGUGGCCACGGCGGUCGCACCAAGUACGAACUGUACCAUGCUGACGUCAAGGCGAAGAUGACGUUGGACAACUCGAUUGCGCUCUUGACUGCGUUUUGCCAUACGCUGCCUGGGAUCAAAAUUUACGACAACCGCCCGUUGUACGUGAUCAAGCGCCAUUUGGUGGGCCGGCAUCACGACAGUCAAAAGCGAUUUCGGUCUACUAGUACUACUACUAGUAACAACUACGACGACGACGACGCCGACAACCACCGAAAGUUCCUGUACUCGGCGAGUUUGAAAUUGCCGUCGAUGCUUCGUGUCAAGCACGUGUUGUUGACCCCAAAGGUGGUGUCUGCCAAGCAAGCGAAAUGCAUGGCCGCGUACAAAGCCGUGGAAUUAUUGCUUAAACGGGGGUUCCUUGAUCGAUCGUUCAAGUCCAAGCUCCUAGUCAACCGCAACUUUAUCCCCCAGGAGUCGGUGGACGAAGACAUGGAGCUGGAGACGCAAAACAGCUACGACAUCCCCGCCGCCACGGCCGUCGAGAUGGGCCUCGCGCCUAUCAAAUCGAAAUUCACGCAAGACACUGACCAGGCAGUCAUGUACUUGUACGGGCUGGGCGGCAUGCCAUACGGAAUCCUGUGUACCGAGCCCCUUUACGGAGGCAAAACAAAUGGGUCGUGGCGCUUUGAACUCAAAACCAGCCACGUGAUGACGCCCGCCGUGCAAAGUGUCCAUAUGUCGACGCACCCAAAGCAGGUGACGCUGCCCCGCGCCGAGUUGGUUCUGGCGUUGCAGUUCCAUGUGAUGCUCAUGCGGUUGAUUUGCUACGGCGUGGACGCCGCCGCCAACCACCGCGACGAUGACGUGGAAGCUGCAUUUUCGUCCAAGAAUGACAAGGGGUACAUCGUCGUGCCAGUGCUACUUGGUGGAGACGAAGAACGGGUCGACAUUGACUGGGCCGUGCUGCAUAAUUUGAUGCAAACGGCGCUCCUUCGACCGGCGUGGCCUCUGCCGACCACCCCCCACGGUUUGGCCAUUGACGAGUGGAUUUUCGUGUCCAAUAGACGCCGAGACGUCGCAUAUGUCGUGCAAGGUAUCACCCCCGUGUUGGUCGGUGACGUGGCACGCCGGGUGGUGGCCAACAAUCAGUAUUGGUCGUAUACGAUUCAACGGGCCAAAUCAGCGCCGGGCGUGCCCAUCUUGGGCCGGUGGUACACCAAGGACGCCCUGCUCAAGUCGACCCCGGAGCAGCCGCUCGUGCACGGGAUUGAAAUCCCCGCGGCCGUGCCGCUAAUCCGAUACGUCCUUGAACAAGGCACGUCGCCCCUCGAGUAUGGCCACUUGAAGGAGCGGCUGCUAAUUCCAGACCAAACGUCCAUCUUAUCGCUGCGCAAGUCGCAGUACUUUGAAGCGAUUCGGCUCUUGCCGCUCUUGUUUGAGUUUGAACGCAAGUGCCAGCUGUCGACGUUGAUGUUUGCCGUGGGGCGUGAUAUUCACGUCAAGUAUUUGGAGCAAGCGACGACUAAACCGGCCUACGAACGACUGGAAAUGCUGGGCGAUUGCUUUCUCAAACUCGAGUCCACGUGGUGGCUGUACCAGAACCGCCCCGACGUCAAGUCGGAAGGCACGUUGUCCAUGCUGCGAGGCGACAUGAUCCGCAACGACCGGCUGUGCAAACUCUCGAUGGAUAAAAUGCUGCACCACUACAUGAUUUACCCCGCCGACUUUGAACAACGCCCAUUUCGAACGUGGAUUCCAAGCUGUAUGGGGCGAACUCCCGAUGCUGUCAUUGCGCAUUUGAAGUGGAUUGCAGACGUAUUGGAGUCGACUUGCGGGGCGUAUAUUGAAGGCGCGGGGGAAGUGGCGGGUCGGGCGUUCCUCGAGUGGACGGGGUGCUCGGUGUGUGAGACGCCCCAAGUUUACAACAGAACGUACUUUCCCCACUGCCUGCCCCAGCCUGUUCCAGCCCAAGUGGACCCAGAAACUCCCCGUGAUCUGGCGACGUGGGACCUCACGCAUUUGGGCUACGACGACAUUCCCGAGCGCAUGUACCUGCUUCAAACGUCAUUAAAGUACAAUUUCAAGGACAAGCGGUUACUUUUGGAAGCCAUCACACACCCAUCCGUGGCGCAGUGGCUGAUCCAUGCCGACAAAACGACAACCAAUGUUGUGUGGAAGGGCGACUAUGAGCGGCUCGAGUACUUGGGGGAUGCGCUGAUCGAGUACCUUGUCGUGACGUACGCAUAUAUUGCGCACCCGACGUGGCAGCCUGGCGCGUUGACCGACUGGAAAGGCGCGACCGUGAGCAACGACGCGCUCGGCAAAGCCGCGCUCAUUUGCUUCCACAUCGACCAGAUCAUGCUCACGGGCUCCAUGCGAUUGGAUCCGCUUCUCGUGGACAAGUUGGCCGACCUCAAGCGAUUGCAUGCGGAAGGGAGUUCGGAGCGGCCCCAUGUGACCAUGCCAAAGAUCUUUGCCGAUGGCUUCGAAGCCCUCUGCGCCGCAGUAUUUCUCGAUGCUGGAUGUGACCUCCAUGUGAUCCGCGACAUCUUUCUCGGCCCGCUUCUCAGCGUCGUGGGGCCGGACGCUGUCGCACACGUCACUCGAAAAAAUACUCCCAAACCCGUCGAUAUAAGCCCCCCCCCGACACUUUCCACCACCGAUGCCGCUGGUGAAAACGUCGAGGAGGACAAUCUCAGACAUGGGGAGGAUGUACGCAACAACGACAACGAUGAGGCUGCAGUGAAACCGGAACCGGCGCGCGUGAGCCAUAUAUCCACCCACCAACAACCGAUUGAAAUCAUUGAAAUCGAAGACAGCGACGACGAAUAGGCAGUCGCGUCCGUCCCUCUAGCCGAUGGGAUUAUUGCCUCAAUCGUGAAGUGUACAAGGGGCCAACAUAAGCAUGGUAUAGUAGUUUGUACAAGCUUCAAUUGGAUCAAAUGGAUCCCUCGAAUACUACAGUGUAUUUGGCGAAAUGACUCACAAGUCUAAGUUUGGGUAAAAUGCACACUACUACGGUAU